UGAUGCUGAUGCGAGAGCUUUCGUGGUCGAUGCAGUCUCUUCAACAUAACGGACUUUCUUUAGCCCCUUUUCGCCGUCUUCUGGCGUGUUAUUUUUUAUUUAAGGUGGAGGACGCCAAGAAGGAAGAUUCUACAUAAACGGGGACACCGGGGUUCUGAGGAAGGGAGAGGAGCCCGUCACUCGUUUUGGCCUGUCUUGGCUGACACAGGUGGAUUGACGCUGGGAGGAGGGGGGAGAAAAGGCGACGAUAUGAGGCAUAAUGACGGAAUUGGACCCAAACGGUUGGGUUUUUAUUAUCACAUACAUGUGUAAGCUAACACUGUUAUGUGGUUUAAUUUAACCGAGAAGUGAAAACCGGGACUGUUUAUUACGUUAGCUAGCUAGUGGGCUAAUUUCGCUAGCUAGUCGCUUAGCAGCCCCGACCAAUGGCUGGGGAGAGGGGAGAUGCUCGGAGGUGGAGCUAACGCUAGUUGCUAGCUUAAAUUCAUUGUAAGAAACGCCGGUCGGGUUAAAGGUGGGAAUUUCUGCCUCUCUGCUGGACGCUGGUACGGGUGAGAUACCGCUAUAUUAGCUUGUCAAUGACUAGAUUAGAUAUUCGGCUAAAAAAAUCCAAUGUUGACAAACACUUGGUGAUUAGCUAACUCUUGUGGAAGUGAAAAAUACUGAUUUUCGAUUAAGAUUAGGAUUUUUUUGAACUAAAUUAGCUUAAAAAAGGAAGGAAAAUAGUGAGCACGAGCUGAUAUAUUUAACCUGUCGUAAAUUAAGCUAGCAGCACAUCAAACAAACAGCUGUGUCGUCUGCCCUUGACUCUACAAUAAAUUGCUAAUCUGUAUAUUAUCGCUAAUUGCUUAAAUUAGCAUUCAAGAUGGAUUAAACCGUUAUUAUGUCAACUAUUGGGCGUAAACAUGGCGUCACCCCUGAAGAUUAGAAAGACAGCAGUCAGAUAAACUAAAUAUAAUAUAUAUAUAUAUUCCCUGCUUUUUUCCUUUCCUCCCUCUUUUAAUUGAAAAAGGGGGAUUAUCCUGGAUACAUGGAACCCACCGUUCUGUCUGGCCCUUUGGGGCACACACAGUGGGAGUCAGAGCAGCCUUUUCCUCUGGGAUUUCCAAUCCUAGACUCGGACAAUGGAGCUGUGCUCUGUCAAAACAAAAGCGACCAGACCGGUUUGGAUUUCAGGAAAAGUGAUCAGAAUGAAACUGUUCUCCUCAAUGGAGAGGAAAAAAGGUUUGUGGAUAAACCAGUAGAGUUGGAAAACCUUAUAAAUGGUGCUGCUUUUUCCUCUGAGGAUUUAAAGUUCGAUGGAGGACACUUGACUUAUUCGGACUCGUCCCGUGGAGAAACAGCUGAGGGGUUUGAUGGAAUUGCUGACUACACUUUGUCGUGGUUCUUGUCUCCUGAUUUUGCUGAUGUGAUCGGGAAAACGUCAGCCUGUCAGGAGCCAGGUUUCACCCAGGAUCCCACUGUCGAGGACUCGGAUGGCGCGCCGUCUUCUCCAUUUAAAGUUUCUGAAAGUGAGAUCAACACAACCGAUCCAUUUUUGAUAGAUGACAGCCCUAGUCUCACCCAAAAGCCGUUGAACCCGCAAAGCUUUGGUGAGAAACUCAUAGACUUGUCGUUUGAGGAGCAGGAAGAUCUCCCUCCCUCACAGAUGGGGGAAACGGCGUCACCUGACACCAGUCUCAAAGGUUUAUUCCCUGAUCAAGUGGCGGAUCUGCCCACAAGCAGCAGCUCUCCUGCGCAAGGUUUACUUGAAAGCAACAUCAGCGAGUCUUUUGAAGGAUCUGUGCCUUUGCUGGAUUUAAAAGUUCCACAUUUUGAGAGUGACGUUAGCCUCUGCCCUCCUGCUUUUGCCUCUGUUGCCUCCGCAGGUGUUCUAGAUACACCAACAAAGGACUCAGAGGUGGCACAAACUACUGCAGCUCAAAACCUUCCAGAACAACAAGGUGAGAAUGACAUACUUCAUGUGGAUUUGUCAAACGGCUCAUCUUUCCUGACACUGGCUCCAGCUGAAGAUGCCUGCACUCAAGGCAAUCUCACGAGUGAGAACCUUCCUAAGGCUGUGAUGGAAGCCGAAGAAAAACAUCAGGGUAAACAUAAGAGCUCCACUGUUGAGGAGGUCUGUGAAGAUGAUCCUUGGGAUUUGGAACCCCAGGAAACCGUUCACAACCGAGCUGCCGUCAGUACGAAAACUCAGGAGAAUGAGGACGACAAGCCGACAGGCAACAACCAACUGGAAGACGCUCAUUCUCACGAAGAGGUUCCUUUCGACUUCUCGGCUCAGAACACAAGCCUUUCUUCCCCUGAAGCCGAAUGGACUAGUGAGCAGCCUGUGGUGACAGUUUCCCUCUCUAAGAUGGUGGAAGAUGACUCACUGCCAAUGGUCUCAGCUGGGAACAAGAGGGAAGAAGACGUCUCUCCACUCAAAGACGUCUUUGAUGCUUUGGAUCAGGAUGGAGACGGCUUCGUUCGGAUCGAGGAGUUUAUGGAGUUUGCAGCUGCCUACGGGGCUGAUCAGGUCAAGGAUCUGACCAAGUUUUUGGAUCCUAGUGGCCUUGGAGUGAUCAGUUUUGAAGACUUUCACCGUGGAAUCUCUGCUAUUAGUGGAAGCCCAGAGCCACAGCUCUACAGUGUAAACUACAGUCCAGGGGAUGGGGCUGUCGGCUGUCAGGAGGAGUACGAUGAGCAAAACGAGGUAACGGACAGUGCGUACUUGGGCUCCGAGAGCACGUACAGCGAGUGCGAGACCUUCACCGAUGAGGACACGGGAGCCCUCGUACCCCCCGAGAUGCACGAGGAUGUGGAGACGGAUAGCGGGAUUGAGGCCACUCUACAUGAUCCUGAAGAUGGAGGAAAUGGGUUCUCCUUGAACUCUGACCUCCACAAUAACUCCCUGGUAACGGUCAUCGGUGGAGAGGAGGAGCACUUCGAGGACUUUGGGGAGAGUAAUAAUUCGGAGCUGCUGGAGAGCAACGUGGAAGAGUCCGAGGUGCAUUUGGACUCGCCUCUGUCACAGCCCCCUGUUCAAGUCAAUGGAUCAUCAGUUCUCUCCCCCAGUUCGGGUAAGAGGCUGUCCAGCAAGAAAGUGGCACGACACCUCCUCCAGAACAGCUCCAUGACUCUAGAUACCAUGAGUGACUUGACACGGGACAUCCUGGAACUUGCUGACAACGACAUCACAGACAAGGUGCUCCUCCUGGAGCGUCGGGUGGCGGAGCUGGAAAAAGAGUCGGACGCAUCGGGGGAGCAGCACGCACGGCUGCGUCAGGAGAACCUCCAGCUGGUGCACCGCGCCAACGCGCUGGAGGAGCAACUGAAGGAGCAGGAGGUGUACGCGGAGGAGCAGCUGCAGCAGGAGAACCGGCGACACAAGGAGGCGAUAAGCAAGCUGGAGAGAGAGAAGGGGCUGGAGCUGGAAAACCUGCAGGCCAGGCUGCAGCAGCUGGAUGAAGAGAACAGCGAGCUGAGGUCUUGCGUUCCUUGUCUUCGAGCGAACAUCGAGAGAUUAGAGGAGGAGAAGAGAAAACUUCACGACGAGGCCGAGGUUAUGUCACAGAGGCUGGAGGAGGAGACGGAGGCUCGCAGGAAGAUGGCUGACAAGCUCAGCCACGAGCGUCACCAAAACCAGAAAGAGAAGGAGAGCACUCAAGAACUAAUUGAAGACUUGCGUAAACAGCUGGAGCAUCUGCAGCUUUACAAGCUGGAGGCUGAAGCAAAGAGAGGCCGUACUCCAGGCGCGGGGCUGCAGGAGUAUCAGACGCGAACGAGAGAGGCCGAGCUGGAGCAGGAGAUCAAACGCCUCAAACAGGACAACCGUACUCUGAAGGAGCAAAACGACGAGUUAAACGGACAGAUUAUCAAUUUGAGCAUCCAGGGAGCCAAAAAUUUAAUGUCAGCUUCAUUUUCGGACUCUCUGGCAGCGGAGAUUAACUCCGUCUCUCGCGCGGAGUUGAUGGAAACUGUCCACAAACAGGAAGAGAUCAACUACAGACUACAGGACUACAUUGACAAAAUCAUCGUUGCCAUCAUGGAGUGCAACCCUUCCAUCCUGGAGGUCAAAUAAACGAUAUGCAGCCAAAGGGCCUCAUGCAAUCAUUCCACCGGCUGUUUCAAAGCAAAUCCAUGGACACGGCAAGAAGAGACUCCAGGAUGUAAAAAAUAAUCACACAUGCAGUAAACUCUCCCACAUCUGAAAUGAAGAAUUCUAGAUUUCUAAGAAGUCCAUGCUUGUCGGGGAAGAAUAAGCUUUAUUUUUUUGUGUAUUUGUAUGUGAAAGCACUUUGGUUCUGGUGACUUCCGUUCUUUUGGCUCGAGGGACCAGAGUCCCCCCCCCACCCCCGUUGAGUGAGUGUUAAAUUAUUUGACCCAUUGUUUUCCAAAACUGGAUGGAUUCAGUUCGGUCUACACUGGGAUGAAAACGGUCGCCCCGCUAAUCCUUAAAUAUCGAGCCGUAUGAAGCUGAUUCGAAGCUGAGACCGGCUUGAACGCGUUUGAAGCGUGCCGUGCUGCUAACCUUUCAACCAACUUUCAUUCCAGUAACCGCAAUGAGGGACAUUUCCCGAGUUUUCAGCGUGAGUGUGUGAUGUUUGACCUUCCCCUCUUUGCACUGUUGUGACUUAAGAAGGAAAUAAUGACGCGGUUUAAGGUUACAAAUGAAGGAGGGGUUUAUUUUUUACAAUGAAACAGGGUCCUGGAGCUCAGGUGAGCUGGAAGUGCACUACAUUUCCUGUGAGAGUGGGGAAAGUCUGACAGAAAAUGAACCCGCUAACACUGACUCUUUCUUUUAACUCUCCAGACACUCGCAUUUAAACUUGAAGGGAAACUGACAUGAGUGAUCCUGGAAGUUGUAGUUUUAUUUUGUAAGUACAGCUCACCUGAUGCCAGUGUUCUCUUGCUGAGUGAAAAGAGAACCUUAUUUUAUUUUUUUUUUUCUUUAAGCGAUUUCGGUAAAAAUAUCAAGUCUGAAAACAUUUGAAGACUUGCAUGUAACUAAUUUGUAUUUUGCACUGUUUCAAUUUUCUGUUCGUUUAAAAAAAAAUGUAAAGAAACAAAGAUCCUUUAUUGCAGCAGGAUGUAUCACUACGUUGAAGAAUUUGAACUUGACAGUAGAUUCAAAUGAAAGAAAUGCUUAAAAUUAAGGUGGCAACAAACUGCAGUUAUAAUUGGAAAAGAUAUAUUUUUUUAAAGCAGUUAAAGGAAUGGAUGAACUGGUAGCAAUAAAGCCAGACGAGAAGGUGGACAUUCGUGGGGAGGGAUGAAACAAAUCUGUGAACUGAUUCUUUUUUUCUCGGUACUGUACAGAAUUUUUUUUUUUUUAAGAUGUUCAUCUGGAUAUUGGACUUAACUUUUGGACUUAUUGGAUGUUUUAGUAAAAAUCGGGGAGGUUAUUUCCAGAAAAAGCAUGGCAUUCUGCACCGAUAUGCUAAAUCCACCUCUAUCUCACUGUUCUUCUUCGCCUGCCACUCCAUGGAAAAAUGGCCUUGGAUGUAAAUGACUUGUACAUGUGAACUUUUUCUACACAACAUUCUAGAUUCUAGGUAUUUUUAUAGGGAGAAAAGAGGAUUUCUUUUUCUUACGCAGAGACGUCUGCUUGUAUUCUUCUUCACUAGCAUGUAGCGUGUACAGGACCAGCCAGGAUUUGGCUCCCGUUUGAAAUCAUAGAUAUUUAUUAGGCAAGUCUCACACUCUGAUUUAUUGUGCUGGGAGUUUGUUUGUCCAACUUUUAAAAGUCACAAAGGGAGAUUUAUUAUUAACACCUGUCAUAUGGGGAUGAGGAAUCUAUUUAAAGAGGUUUUAUGGUAUGUGGGGGAGGAAAAAACUUGAAUGUCACAGGCGGAAUUGUCAUUUGCUGAAGUCAGUACUCUCCUCAUAAUGCUGAUGUUGCUGUGACCUCCAAGGUUAUGGUUCAGAUUUGGCAGAAUCUGCAGUUUCUGCUGUUGUCUUCCUGGUUUGGGGUUGGAUUCGGCACAGACACGUUUCUUAGUGCACUUCUUCGGUCCACAUGUUGGAACUCUGACAAAUCAAGCGCUUUAGCAUCCAUCAGUGGGAUGUGAGACCUCAUAAUGUCAAUGUGACACCUUUAAACCUCACGCCUCCGGUUGCUUAGUUCAGCUUUUAUGUCGGACAAGAGGCUUUCCCUGCAGAUUUAUUCUUUAUUUCUGUAUCUUUAUGACUAUAAAUAUGGACGUUUUCAUCACAUUUUAACUUUUGUUUCUAUAUUUUUGAUUUAAUUGAUGAUAAAUAAGCAAACCAAUGAUGCAUUUGACAGUAAAAACUACAGAGCUAGCUAAACAUUUGAAGAAAAUACCAAUUCUCCUAUUAAAUCCUACAUUAAAAUGACCAAAGAUGAACGUUUAAAUUUAAGGGGGAUAUUUUAUCUGUCAAGGUCUAUCAAACGCUUAAAGUACGGCCUUUUGGUUCUUAAAAUUCAUCAAAUAUUAAGCUUCCAGUGAUGGAAAAAGUAGGAAACUGACCUGAUAGUCAAACACUGUGCCUCUGUGUCUCAAACUUUGCCUCUCUACUUCCCUGAGAACGGGCCUUGGAUAACGCUCUGACCACGUGACUGUCAGUUUGUUAAAUUAUAACUAAGAAAGCUGAACUGUAACUAUGUAUUGUGGACUUUAAUUUUUUUUUUUUCCUUUUGUUUCCUGUCACUCACUUCCAGUGUCCAAAGAAAGAUUGCUCAAGGCACAAACAUCACUACUGGAGUAGUGCGUGGCUUGCCAUUAAGUAACCAAGGAGGGAAAAAAGGAAAAUAAUGUAGAAAAAAACUCUGUAAAACUUAAAUGUAUUCCUAUUUUCAGAUAAAUGUAUAAGUUAUAUCAGUAUUGGGUACAGCUGUAUAUUAUUUUUAAAGCUUCACAAAAUGGUCUUAAUAAUUGCUGGGGGAAUAUGUCCUUGUAAAAAAGAAAAUCUUAAAGUAAGCAGUGAAAUAAAGAAUAGAAAAUAAA